CUCCGAGGCUCUAGGCCGCCGAUGCCAAAGUCUUCUGAUGUUGGUUGCCCGUUUUCCUCCCUGGUUUACAUCCAAGGAGCCAUUAUUCAGAGUGGGACUAGCCUGGUAGUUGGCACAGAACACAGCUGACCGACUUGAAAUGUGCCAUGGCGCGUGGUCAGCAGAAGUUGCAAUCGCAGGCCAAGGCUGCCGAGAAGGCAGCAAAGGCCAAGAAGCAACAAGGACACAACGCCAACUCCCAGAAGAAAGCUGCUCAGCAAGCUCUUGUAUUUUCCUGCGCUGUGUGCAAAGCCCAGAUGCCCGAUCCAAAGACUUACAAGCAACAUUUUGAAAACAAACAUCCCAAAAAUGACAUGCCUCCUGAAUUGCUAUCUGCUUGAAAAAAAACAACCAUUCCGUUCUUUCGGCUCAA